AGAUAGAAAGAGCAUGCAGUGGUAGCGACCAGAGUACUAGUCUCUGGCCGGUGCUUGCAUUGCUAGGCAGGCAGGAUCAACACAGUACCGGCAGCCACGAUCGCACCACAUCCUCGCCGGCGACACAAGAUCGAUCAUGGCAGGAGGGACAACAUUGGAGUACACACCGACAUGGGUGGUGGCUUUUGUGUGUUCUAUUAUAGUCUUCAUAUCUUUAGCUGUCGAGAGAUUACUUCACUAUACUGGCAAGUAUCUCAAGAGAAAGAACCAGAAACCUCUCUUCGAGGCCUUGCAGAAGAUCAAAGAAGAGUUGAUGCUUUUGGGGUUUAUAUCACUCCUGCUGACGGUGUUCCAAGGACCUAUAGAAAAGAUCUGCAUAUCAAAGAAACUGGCCAGUCAUUGGCUGCCUUGUAAUGAAGAAGAGUCGGAGUCAACGUCAACGACUGCCCAUUUCCAGACCAGCAGCUUCUUCACUAGUAACUACUAUUCUCGGCAUCUGCUGCUUUUUCCAGCCGGGACUGCCCGUCGCCUUCUUGCAGAUGACUCCGAGACCUCUAAAUCCGGUUCCACCGGCACCUGUUCAGAGGGGAAGGUCCCAUUGCUAUCCACGACUGCAUUGCAUCAUCUACAUAUUUUCAUAUUUGUGCUAGCUGUGGUGCAUGUGUCGUUCUGUGCUCUAACCAUUAUUUUUGGAGGAAUUAAGAUACGUCAAUGGAAACAAUGGGAAGAUUCUAUAGUGAGAAAAGAGUACAAUCCAGAAGAAGUUUUGACAGAGAAGUUCACUGCCGUCCAAGACCAUGAAUUUAUCAGGGGUCGUUUUCUGGGUAUCGGAAAGAAUCAAGCUUUUCUGGGUUGGUUGAUUGCAUUUUUCAAGCAAUUUUAUGGGUCUGUGACCAAAACAGAUUAUAUGACAAUGCGACUAGGCUUCAUCAAGACACAUUGCAAGAGAAAUCCAAAUUUUAAUUUCCACAAGUACAUGGUACGUGCCCUCGAGGCAGAUUUCAAGAGAGUCGUUGGAAUAAGUUGGUACCUCUGGAUGUUUGUAGUCCUUUUCUUGUUGCUGAAUGUUGCUGGUUGGCAUGCCUAUUUCUGGAUAGCAUUCGUUCCGUUCAUUCUUUUACUUGCUGUUGGCACCAAGUUGGAGCAUGUUAUAAUCCAGUUAGCCCAUGAUGUCGCCGAGAAGCACAUCGCAAUAGAAGGAGACUUGGUGGUUCAACCUUCAGACGAUCACUUCUGGUUCCGCAGGCCUCGAUUGGUUCUCUUACUCAUUCAUAUCAUCUUGUUCCAAAAUUCUUUUGAACUCGCACUUUUCUUCUGGAUAUGGAUUCAAUAUAAAUUUGAUUCCUGCAUGAUGGGGAAAAUUGGUUACGUUAUCCCAAGACUUGUAAUCGGAGCAUUUGUCCAGUUCGUCUGCAGCUACAGUACGUUGCCACUGUACGCAAUUGUCACACAGAUGGGAACAUCUUUUAAGAACGCAAUAUUCGACGAACACGUACAAGUGGGACUUGCUGGGUGGGCUAAAUCGGCAAAAAAGCACCAGGCGGCUUUGAGGAAGGCAGCUACUAAUGGUAACGGCAGUAGUAGUGGUUCUAGCAAAGUCAGUCAUAGCAGCAAAUACAAAUUGCACAAAGAAGAGGCAACUUCUGUGUCCAACACAACAUCGGGGAAACUUGAAUUGGCUCAAGUUUCCGUUCAUGCGGGAGAAAUUCAGCCUCAUCAGCAGCCACCCGCCAAUGAUCAUGUAUAAAAAUUCAAUCGAUGGAUCCACCAAAACAUCUGAAUGAUCGAUUGAAAAUCAUUUGAUGGAACCAGAAGCAGCUACAUGAGUACCUUUCAUUUAUGUUCUCCUUGCCACUUCUUCCUCUCCCAUGGCACAAUUGUCUUUCCUUCUCUCUGCCCGUUUUCUUGUAAGUUGGCCCUUUAAACGAGAGCGUAUUCAGCGCACCCGUCCAUCUUCGUCGUCCAUUUGAUGCGGACUUUUGACUUUUUAAAAUGGACGGCUGAGAUGGACGAGUGCGCGACGCACCCGGGUGCGCUGUAUAAUUUUCACCUUUAAACAUGUAUUGUAGAGCUAUACACUCUACCGGCGAGCUGCUUAAUUUUCUUGUGGAUUUUGUUUCUACGCAUGUUAUGAUCAAACAUACUUUGUUCUUAGAACAAUACAGGCAAUACUAAAGUAAAGUCAAGAACACAAUUAUAACAACC